UUUCCUGCGCGCCGACUGUAAUUGUCGACCUUCUUGCUUCCCCAUCCCCCAGCAGCAGCACUCUUACAGAAGCGGACAGAAACGACCGCGACACAAUUGCUGGUAUACUCCAUGAUCAACAGAUAGUCAACAUGUCUAUCCCCGGUUUGGGCCACCUCGUGGCGCCACAACCGACGUCCGCCAACCAAACCCGCACGAUCCGCCUCCAGCCCUUCUGGGAAUGGCGAUUCGAGGUCGCCUUUGACACCCACAUCAAAUUGAAGCUCCUUUCGGGCACCGCCGAAAAGGAUGGCACCGAGCUCGCCCUGCAGCACGCCUACACCUUUGGCGGCGUCAAGUCCAAGAUCCUCACCCUACAGGGCUGCGAGCUCGAGGUUGAGGGCAGCCUCACCACCGAUUCCCUUGCCGAGUACGCCAAACCACAAGACUCGCCCGCCAACGCCACCCUGAACCUGCACUUCCAGCUCACCGCCAUGCGUCAGCGUGCCGCCGCCGAGAGGAGGGAGGGCCCGCGCAUCGCCAUCUGCGGAUCGCCCUCAACGGGCAAGACGAGCCUGGUGCGCACCCUGACGAGCUACGCCACGAGAGUCGGGGCACAGCCGUUGGUCGUCAAUACGGACCCCAAAGAGGGCAUGCUGAGCUUGCCAGGUACCCUAAGCGCGAGCGUCAUCGGCACUAUACUCGACGUCGAGGCCGUCGACGGCUGGGGCACGACCCCGACGAGCGGGCCGAGCCAGGUGCCCGUCAAGCUGCCGCUAGUCUACUACUACGGCCACGCCAGCGCCGAGGAGGACCAGAAGAAGUACCAGGAGCUCGUGAGUAAGAUGGCGGCAACGGUGACGUCGAGGCUGGGGAAAGAUGCCGAGGUGAAGAGCUCUGGCAUGAUCAUCGAUACCCCGGCCGUGAGCGAGAACAGCGACAAUGGGAUGGAUAUUCUUGCCCACAUCGUAGACGAGCUUUCAGUAAAUAUCAUCAUCGUGCUGGGCUCGUCACAUCUCAACGCAGAGCUGAUCAAGCGGUUCUCAACAGAGAGGACCAGCCUCGGAGAGCCGUACAGCAUCCUCCUGUUGGACAAGUCGGAUGGCGUAGUCGAGCGCGAUGUGGGAUUCAUGCAGCAGGCAUGCGAGGCUUCCAUUAAGGAGUACUUCUUCGGCAGCAUCGGUCAGACCCUCAGCCCCGCCACGCAACAAGUCGACUUUGACAGUCUGGCAAUCUUCAGAAUAGGCGAUUACUCGAUGUACGGAAACGCUGAUGGCGGCCUUAUGCGGGUCGACCCAGUUCAGCUUAUGGCGCAUUGGACCCUCGCCAUCGUGUACGCCUCAGUCAAAGACUCGCCAGAGGCUAUCAGAGCGGCCAACGUGAUGGGCUAUGUGUACGUAGCCGACAUCGACAAGGAGAAGCGCAAGUUGAGGAUCUUGGCGCCAGUGAGCGGGAGGCUCGGGGACCGGCCGCUGCUGAUGGGCAAGUGGCCGGAGCCUUUCAUCAACCUUUUGGGAUAAUAUUCUACAAUGAUACCACUUUUACUUGUUUCGUUUAUCGUGCCCGGUGAUGCUCGGGUUGAAUUCAUUCCUUAUGGAGAGAAUGUUUCCGAUAUUGACGACGAAAUCAACGAAGGAACUCUCUCCCCCCCCCUCCUGUGCACACUUUAUUAGGUAGGUAGGCAUCUUUGGAAACAAAAAGAAAUUCGCCCGUGUGGCUAAGAAACAAAAGAGUAACCCGUUGAGUGGCAUUGCCAAUCGUGGUGAGGAUU